AUGAUGAGUAAACUACCUGAGGACGUGGUGGAUGGGUUGAGCACUGAGGAGCUGGAGUGUAAAAUCUGCUAUUGUGCUUACAAUCUUUCCAGUCGGCGACCAAAAAUGCUUAAGUGCUGCCAUCGUUUGUGCUCCAAAUGCCUGGCAAAAAUCCUCAAUAUGGGUGAAUCACCUCCGAACUCAGUGGUCUGCCCUUUCUGCCGCUAUGUUACUGAUCUUCCUGGAGAAGCCUGUGGAAGUCUACCAGAUGACUACAACUUGUUGACUGUGCUGUCCAUCCAAAACCAAUACCUGAAGGGUAGCCAGAGUGAGAUUUUGCUUACUCCCAGACGUUUAAAUUCUCCAGUGGGUCACUCAGCAUCGGCAACGCCUUCGUCUCUAUGCUCCAACUACGUGGUCAUCGCUAUUAUGGAAUCACCACAGGAGUGUGCCAUUUCAGCAGAUCACCACUUCUCCAGCCUGGACUCCAUGGCCUCGGUGACACGACGGUGCACAGUGUGGAACUGUAUGAUGCUGCUGUGUCAUGCAUUGGCCACAAUUUUGGUGUGGGUCGUGGGACUGUUGUAUUUCAGCUCUCUGCCAACAGGAGUCUACUUAAUUAUCAUGAAGAAGACCACUCUGGGAGUUCUGAUGAUCAGUCUAGUGCCUGUCAGCCUGCUCAUCAUCAUUAUAUAUGGAAUGUGCCGGUGUGUGUGCCAUGAGUUUUGGGACUGUUUAAGACCACCUUAA